AGUGGGCGUGCUGGCGGCGGGGCAGCCGCGCGCCGGGACCAUGCCGCGCUCCUUCCUAGUGGACUCCCUGGUGCUUCGUGAGGCCGGCGAGAAGAAGGCGCCCGAGGGGAGCCCACCGCCUCUUUUCCCCUAUGCGGUGCCGCCGCCGCACGCGCUGCAUGGUCUCUCGCCCGGUGCGUGCCACGCGCGCAAGGCCGGGCUGCUGUGCGUGUGCCCUCUCUGUGUCACCGCCUCGCAGCUACACGGGCCCCCCGGGCCGCCCGCGCUGCCUCUGCUCAAGGCCUCCUUCCCGCCCUUCGGUUCCCAGUACUGCCACGCGCCCCUGGGGCGCCAGCACUCGGCUGUGUCGCCGGGGGUCGCCCACGGCCCCGCCGCUGCCGCCGCCGCCGCCGCUCUCUACCAGACCUCCUACCCGCUACCGGACCCCAGGCAAUUCCACUGCAUCUCCGUGGACAGCAGCUCUAACCAACUGCCCAGCAGCAAGAGGAUGCGCACGGCGUUCACCAGCACCCAGCUGCUAGAGCUGGAGCGCGAGUUCGCUUCCAAUAUGUACCUGUCUCGCCUUCGACGCAUCGAGAUCGCGACCUACCUGAAUCUGUCCGAGAAACAGGUGAAGAUCUGGUUUCAGAACCGCCGAGUGAAGCACAAGAAGGAAGGCAAAGGCAGCAACCACCGUGGCAGUGGCGGUAGUUCGGGUGCGGGUACCGGCGGGGGCGCACCGCAAGGCUGCAAGUGCGCCUCGCUGUCCUCCACCAAGUGUUCAGAGGAUGACGAUGAAUUGCCCAUGUCCCCGUCCUCCUCCGGGAAAGAUGAUCGGGAUCUCACGGUCACUCCGUAGGCGC